AAAGAAGAAGAAGAAGAAGAAGAAGAAGAAGUUAAAAAGGGUUUCUUCUUCAUAGCAAAGUAUCCGACAGUACGUGAAUGCAGCAGUGGGCUCGAGGACUGUGCUUCCAGCAGAGAGGAAGGUAACAUGGCUGCACUUUUCAAAGCAAGAAGAGCUCUCAGAUCAUUUUUCACUGGUUGUCGAAGCCUGUCUCAGCUCGCAGAGUUACCAGAAACUCAUCAGAUACUCAGACAGACUUGCAGAGACUACGCUGACAGAGAGCUGUCCCCCAUCGCUGCCAGACUAGACAAAGAGCAUGUUUACCCCGCUAAACAGAUUCAAGAGCUGGGGGCAAUGGGUGUGAUGGCCAUGGAGGUACCAGAGGAGCUGGGUGGAGCUGGGAUGGACUACCUGGCGUACAGUCUGGCUAUGGAAGAAAUCAGUAGAGGUUGUGCCAGCACUGGAGUCGUGGUCUCUGUUAACAAUUCUCUGUACAUCGGACCGAUACUAAAGUUUGGUACAGAAGAGCAGAAAAAGCAGUGGAUCCAGCCGUUCACCACAGGAGAGAAGGUGGGCUGCUUUGCCCUCAGUGAGCCAGGCAAUGGCAGUGAUGCGGGUGCAGCCUCCACCAUAGCACAUCAGGAGGGAGAUGAGUGGGUGCUGAAUGGAACCAAAGCUUGGAUCACCAACAGCUGGGAUGCCUCUGCUGCCAUUGUCUUUGCCACCACAGACAAGACACUGAAACACAAGGGAAUCAGUGCUUUCCUUAUCCCCAUGCCACACCCAGGGCUUUCUCUGGGGAAAAAGGAAGACAAAUUGGGCAUCAGGGCCUCAUCCACUGCUAAUAUUAUCCUGGAGGACUGCAGGAUACCACUGGGAUACAUGCUGGGCCCACGUGGAUCAGGAUUCAAAAUCGCCAUGCAAACGCUGGACAGCGGGAGGAUCGGCAUUGCAGCUCAGGCUCUCGGUAUCGCUCAGGCUUCUCUGGAAUGUGCUGCUGAUUACGCACACAAACGAACUGCAUUUGGAGCUCCCAUUGGCAAGCUGCAAGCCAUUCAGUUCAAACUGGCAGACAUGGCUGUGGCAAUAGAGGGCGCUCGACUGCUCACCUGGAAGGCUGCGCUUCUUCGAGACUCAAAGAAAGCAUUCACUAAGGAAGCUGCAAUGGCCAAACUAGCAGCGUCUGAAGCUGCAACUUUCUGCUCACACCAGGCGAUCCAGGUUCUGGGUGGGAUGGGUUACGUGACAGACAUGCCUGCUGAGAGGCACUACCGUGACGCCCGCAUCACGGAGAUCUACGAAGGCACCAGCGAGAUCCAGAGACUGGUGAUCGCCGGCCAGCUGCUGAAAGAAUACCAGUUAUAAAUGGACUGCUAUCGCUGUCUGUCUACCUCUGAUGUGUGAUCAGUCAGCUCAGACUCCACCUCAUCCUUUAAGACAAAGAGGCCUUUCUCAUCUUACUUGACAGCAUUGGAACGACUUUGAAGCCAGUUAGAUUGGAGAUGACACUUUUCAGGGUAUUUUAUGCCGUCAUGGCUGAAGGAAAAAUGGGAACCAGUUCAAAUCCACUAACCUGCCCACCUAGCCUGACCUAAGCGUCAGUUCACCCACAUUUUCUUCCUAAGUGAUUUUAGGAUAUGAACCACCACAGAGAACCUUAUCAAAGCUGCUAAAGGACAGCACUCCCCACCACAGUCAAAAACAACUGGGGAUCUCUUUUGGAUAUGAAUGCAGUUCCAGAGACUUGGAGAAUCCAUGCCAAGAAGUAUCAAAUCUCAAACAGACCUGAAAUAUAGUAGAAAACUUUGAGCUUCAGGUUUCAGGAACAUAAACGUGGCAGUGUAGAGUGGUUUACAAAUGCAAAUAAAAGUAUGAAAAUUGCAAAACACUAAAAAUUACAAAAUAAUUGGUGAAAUGAAAAUGAAUAAAGGCAGAGUGCGUUCCAAAAAUCUGUUGUGCUUAUAAAGGUUCCUCACUGAGAGAUGUGACCCAGAAGUAUCUGUGUGGUGGUCAUAAUACUAAGAUCAUGUACAUAAUAAUACAAAUACUAAGGAAAGGAGCUUCUAUGCUUCCUUUAUUGCUUCCAUCUGACUGUUCAUUAAAACAAUUAAAGGCAAUCAAAUAAGCCAUAAACAUGGAGGAGGAAACAAGUUCCACUGGAUCGUAGCAGGAAAAUACGAGAAAAUAAGAUUCGUUCUAUUUUAUAGGCAAUCACUGGGACGUCGCAGGGUGAACCGCUGUAAUUUCUAUACAAAGAUGCAGCCAGUUCAGUUUAGUAAAAGCCACCAUUCUGCUUAGAGCAGGGAGAGGCCAUCGACCAGAGUAAUCCAGUGUGACCUCAUGUUUAAUACGAGCGCCUCUUUGAAAACAGCCGUCCCUGUCACUGUGUGGCUGUGCCAUGUGUGUGAAGUAGCUGUGGCCGCACAGUGCAACAUUCGGGCUAUACUCUAACACACUGGCACUUUCAUUUGUCACAGACUUUUUCAUUCACAUUUGCGUGACUCGAUUAAAAAUUCUCCUGAAUGUCAAAUUCAUACAAAUACAUCUGCCGUAUGACCAGCCACAAAAAUUCUCCUGUUUACACCUGUCAGUCACAAACAGACACUGAGCCUCUUUAUUAAACCCAGCAGAUUUUUAAUGCGUUAAGAAGGCUUUCGUUUGCCGUAGAUAUUAGUCUGGCACUAAAUCUUCCUCCUCCUUGAAAUUGCCAACCUUUGUAAUCGUGGGAUAUUUUUCACAGGCUGUUCUUGUUUAUUCGACCUCCAUAAACAACAGUGUUCGAACACAUUUUGGCGCUGUAAGGUGCGCAUUUUGUAGUCUAUCUUCCGCAUAUUGUAGUUUCAACAUAGUGGACAUUCGUCACACCAAUGAGGAGAAACAAGUGAAAGGCUGUUCCAAUUCUAAGCUCACCACGCUUCACUUUUCCUAAGUCCUUAGCAAUUUUCCUACCUUUAAAAAAAAGGAAAAGUAGUAGGAAGGAAGAGAGGUUGGGAAUAGGAAACAGAAGGUACUUUUUGAACACACCCAGAGCGUAUUAUGUGUAUUGUACGCGUUUGCAACCAUUUUGAGACAUAUUUCUCUCUCCAUACAUGACGA